AUGAGUGCCCAGUCGAACCCCAGCAUUUCGUCCGUCAAGACGACGCCCUCUUACGAGGGUCAGUCGUCGGACGCCGACUCGAAGAAAAAUUCGACGCCCACCCCCCAGCCGGGCUCCGCCAACGCCCAGCAACACAACAAUGCCGCCCAGCCCGGCGCCAAACGCCGCCCGUCGAGAGCAGGCACGCGCAGCGUCAGCACGCUGACCGCCGCCCAGCUGGAGCGCAAGAGAGCCAACGACCGUGAGGCCCAGCGGGCCAUCCGCCAGCGCACCAAGGACCACAUUGAGAGCCUGGAGAGGCGGGUGGCCGAGCUCACCGCCCGCGAGCAAGCCAACGGACGCGUCCAUGAGAUCAUGCAGCGCAACGACGAGCUCGAGCAAGAGAACGCCAUCCUGCGGCAGCGCCUCAACCACGCCAUGGCCGCGCUUGGCCAGGCUGGCUACGCGGAGAGCAAUGGCCUGCCAAGCGAAAGCGGCAUCCUUGCAACGAGCGGCGCCCCGUCGCCUAGCGACAGAAUACACAUAAUGAACCAGCCCAGGCCAUCGUCGACCCCAACUGCCCGCAGCGUGCCCUCUGUCACGGGCGCAAGUGUGCCGAAUGUGCCUUCGCAGGCCGACCAGUGGCAUCACCCGCACGCGAAUCCGCACGCCCACCCUGGAUACAGCCCGGCAGCCACCACCUCCACCACCGGAGCAGACUCCGCGCCGCCUGUCGACGUUGCUGCACCGCCAGACGCCAUGCGCUGGAGCCCCCACGGCCAGCACGUCAACGCCCCCGUUUCGGUCGCCGAGAGCAGCAUGCACCCUGUAGACAGCGCUGUGCCGCAUUCCAUGGGCUACGGCGGCUACGUCCUGGACGCGAGUGGCCGUCCCGUGCAGUCCCAAUACGAGGCCCAGAGCCAGCAAAUGGGCUACAGCCAUAUACCCGUCUCCAACGCCCCGCCGCACCCGCCUUCUUACCACGACCAGCGUCAUCUCCCAGUCCAGAUACCGAACCCUCCCUCGUCCUAUUCGCAGUAUCCCCCGCCGCAGAGCUACAUUCCCUCGUCGCACCACGGAGAGCCGCUGAUCCAACGAUCGCCGAUGGAGGGCCAGCACAUGAUGUACAGCAUCCCGUCGAACGUGAAGCCGGAGCAAUGA